UCUUUGGAUAAUCUCAAUAUUAUUUUUCUUUUUUUUUUGUUGGUUUGGUUUUUGUUUGUUUGUUGUUGCAGGAUUCACAGCAACAAUUCUGCAAUUUUCUUAUAUAGUGUACAGCAUCUAGACACAGUCUUCUGCCAUGAAGCUGCUGUUGAAGUUACAGAAACUAAAGCUCUUGUGGACUCUGAAACCUCCUAAUAGGACUUUCCAUGGACAUCCCAGGCUGCUUUCUUCUGAUGUAUAUUCCCAGUAUGAGUCCAUCAGACAGGGCAAACAGGAAAUACCACAGUACUUUAACUUUGCAAAUGAUGUACUGGACAAAUGGUCUGAGAUUGAAAAGGCUGGAAAGAGACCAUCAAACCCUGCUUUCUGGUGGAUAAAUGGAGAAGGAGAAGAAGUGAAGUGGAGCUUUGAGGAGCUGGGGUUCCUGUCUCGGAAAGUGGCCAAUGUACUGACUAAAGAAUGUGGACUGCAGAAGGGAGACAGGCUUAUCCUGAUCCUACCACGAAUUCCAGAAUGGUGGCUGGUCAAGGUGGCUUGUAUGCGAGCAGGAAUUGUCAUAAUCCCAGGAACAUCCCAAUUAUCAGCCAAAGAUAUACUGUACCGACUCCAGGCAUCAAAGGCUACGUGCAUCAUUACCACUGACAGACUGGCUCCUGCAGUGGACUCGGUGGCAUCCCAGUGCCAGCACCUGAAAACCAAGCUAAUGGUGUCCAAAGGCAGCAGGGAGGGAUGGCUGAACUUUACUGAGCUGUACCAAAACCAAUCUGCUGACCAUUCCUGCAUCAAAACAAGGAUUCAAGACCCAAUGAUUAUCUUCUUUACGAGUGGAACUACAGGUUCUCCAAAGAUGACUCAACAUUCCCAGGGUAGUCUUGGUUUCAGACCCCUUUUAAGUGAAAGGUACUGGUUGCAUUUGACUCCCUCUAACAUGAUAUGGAACACUGCAGACACAGGAUGGAUACUAACUUCAAUAGCAUCUUUUUUUGAUCCUUGGGUUUUCGGAUCGUGCGUCUUUAUACAUAACCUACCACAGACUGACUCAGAAGUUAUCCUAAACACUCUCUGCAGAUUCCCAAUUGAUGCCCUAGUCGGUGCUCCAACAUUGUUCCGCAUGCUGGUGCAAAAUGAGCUGUCCAAAUACAAAUUCAGGAGCCUGAAGUACUGCAUGAGUGGAGGGGAACCACUCAACCCAGAAGUCAUGGAGCAGUGGAAGAACCAGACUGGGCUGGACAUCCAGGAAGUAUAUGGCCAGACUGAAUUGGGAGUAAUCUGCUCUGUUUUUAAAGGAAUGAAGAUUAAACCUGGAUCAAUGGGGAAAGCAGCUCCCCUUUAUGAUGUUCAGAUCAUAGACAAAAAUGCCAAUAUUCUGCCUCCAGGACAACAGGGGGAAAUUGCUGUCAGAAGCAAACCUAUAAGGCCACUUGGUUUUUUCUCUGAAUAUUUAGAUAACCCUAAGAAAACUGCAGAAAGUGAACGUGGGGAUUUUUACGUCACUGGAGACAGAGGGACUAUGGAUGAAGAGGGAUAUUUCCAGUUUAUUGGCAGAGACGAUGACAUCAUAAUUUCUUCAGGGUAUCGCAUUGGGCCUUUUGAAGUAGAGAGUGCCCUGAUAGAGCACCCAGCUGUGGUAGAAACAGCUGUUGUCAGCAGCCCAGACCCCCUCAGAGGAGAGGUUGUGAAAGCAUUUGUGGUUCUAUCCCCAACAUUUUCAUCCACUGACCUGAAGAGCUUAAUUCGUGACUUGCAGGACCAUGUCAAGAAAACUACUGCUCCAUAUAAAUACCCUAGAAAGAUGGAAUUUGUCAAAGAGCUGCCAAAGACAGUGACUGGGAAGAUCAAGAGGAAUGAAUUAAGAGACAAAGAGUGGGGACGGAUAUAGCAUUGUUUGGAAUUUAACAGAACUUCUUCCAUUCCAUUAGCACUAUACAUUUCACUACUAUAACUGCCAUCAUUCUGAUUUCUUUAUGUUAAGUGUCUGAGCAUCAAAAAACUACAGGUAACAUCAAGAUGUGAUAUUUGUGCCUGAUUGCAGAGUUUCCAAUGUCAAUACCUGACUGAAUUUGAAUUGUAUUAUUCUGGGUUAAAAAUAAAAUUUUCAAUAGACAACUUUCCCUUUGAGACCUCCUCACCAUCCCUCUUGCAGCCCAGCUUCCAUUUGGUGUUAUUCUUGAGAGACAAUAAAAAAAUAUGAUGCCCACAUUUGAAAAGGUACUUUAUGUCAUAUAUAUUUUGAUUCACUAUUUCCUGAGAGUUUACCCUGACAUCCAAAGUUUAUGGAAAGGACAUGGAGACUGGUGUGGUCACUAUAUGGGUCCCAAAAAUGCAACAUUAUGAAGAAGUUGGAAAAGAAAAUAUUUUUUGGUGCCACUGGACAGUGGCAGUAAAAGUCCUAAAAAUGCAUUGUUACAGAUGGGGGAUUAGCAGUUUUAUUAGAUAGGUUCAAAAUCCACAUUUUUGGUGGUAGGAUGAGAACCAUGUGUAGGUAUCCUUUCUUUUGAAAGUGUCUUAUCUCUUCCAAACACUAGCCAAACAUUGAGUGGAAUUCUCAAUGCAAGGCUGGAAGUAUUCUGAAAUAGAUAUGAACCUAAGAUCCCAUCUUUUGCUUUAAAAACCUCUCUGAGGUAAAUGAAAUUGGAAUUGACAUUAUGUUCAGUAUGUGAGAAAUAAUCCUUUAAUAAAUGAUGCUGUUAUGCAUAAUGAGAAAUUAGUAAGCUGUACACAUUCACAGUAUGUGCUUAAUGUUGCACAUAUACAUAUAUACGGUGUGUAUAAAUAUAUGUUUUUUUGUAUGCAUUUGGCACAUAAAAUUGCUAUGCUUGCAUUAGUAAGAAAGUUAAUAUUUAGUUUUAUGUCUUGAAAUGCUUACUACAUUUCCAGAAUGGGUUUGGAACUUGAUCCUUCAGAUUUUGUGGAUUGUGAUUUUUGUGACUGCAUGAGUUAUUUUAGCCAGUCCAUUGACCAGGAGCAUUUUAUAAGUGAUCUACAACUUCAUCUCCUUUCCCACAAUACCAAAAGUUGGAAUUAAGCUUUAAUGAAAAACAGAACAGCCUUUAGAUGAGUUUGGGUUUAGUUAUUCAAAAGGACUUCAGAUUAUUGGUAUAAAACCAACUCCUCUGCUAAUACUUGAUCUAAGUCUAAAUAGUCAUCCUGUAAGAAUAAAAAAUGAACACAAUUUAUAAAUAAAAUGUACGUAAGCUUAUCUGUUUGAAAAGGGUUUGUUAUUGAAAAGAUCAGGGUAGGAUCUAAAAGAUCAGAGAAGGGGUCAUUCCCCAUGUUUGGCCAUCACACUCAAGUGUUAAAGAUUCAGAACUCACCAUCACAGUCUGAGCUUCCAUCAGCUGUGGCAGAGCAACAGAGCUCAUCAUCUGCUAAUUUGUUAAUGGGUUCCUUGACAGUCCUUAAAAUCCAAAAUAAAGUUGUCUUCAAACACAAUCUCACAGGCUUCUAGUGAGUGUAAAAAAUU